CAACAACGUAAAGAUGUUCUCAAAGAUUAUCACCACCGCUGCUUUUUUGGCAGUUGCUUAUGCUGGUAUUGUUGAUUACCAUGGUUACGGUUCCACUGAUGUUCUGUCCGGUUAUGGGCAUGGUUCUGAAGGACAUCACGAUGUGGAUUACUACGCUCAUCCUAAAUACGAAUUUAACUAUGGAGUGCAAGACCCCCACACUGGUGAUCACAAGUCCCAACACGAAGUCCGUGAUGGUGAUGUAGUGAAAGGUUCCUACUCCCUUGUGGAACCCGACGGUACCACCAGAACCGUCCACUACACCGCUGAUGACCACAACGGUUUUAAUGCCGUCGUAGAAAAAUCCGGACACGCCGUCCACACUGAACCCGUCUACCAGAAAACCAUCCUGGAAACUCCUUCGUACUACCAUCAUUGAUUAACUUUUAUAAUAUAUUAUUUAUUGUUAAAUGCACUUUUUUAAAUAAAA